AGCAGACGUAUCGCGACAACCAAGUGGACAGCCAGCGACUAACGUACCAGGUCCCUUACAAUCGUCAUAUUAUACACGCGAAAGACGGAAUUUUUGUCGCGUAUCAUUAUCCUCGUGGAUUAAACAAUCGCGAGUGUUAUUAUUCAAAAGUUAUUGAACUUGUCGUGUAUUUUUUUUUAUUUUAUAUUUAUUUUUUCAUUUUCAACUAGGCUAUAUUGUUCAGUGCAACCUUAAACACAUAUGUAUAUUCAAAAAAAGUGAUUUUAAAAAUUGCCAAUAAUGUGCUACAUCUUGAACUACAUCUUGAUAAAUAAAAAUUCUUGGAAAUAAUUAAUUAAAGUGCUAUGGUGAUUUGAGGAAAAAAAAACUCCAAAAUGAUUACAUUACAGUGAUAAUUUUAAUUAAUAUUAAAAUAUAAUAAUUCAGUCAUUAAUUUAAACUUAGAAAUAAAAUAAUUAAUCAACAAUAAAUGAUUAUUACAAUUAUAUUUAAUUUUUUAUAAAAAAAAAAACUCGUUCUAAGAAUAUAUAAUUAUAAAAUUGAUUAAAAUGAAAACAAGAUUGUAUUAUUAUUAUUAUUGUUAUUAAAUUAAUUUAAUAUAAAAAAAAAAAAAUGGAAUUAGUGGAACAUCGUGUAUUAUCACGUAUGGAGAUUGUCGAGGACAGUGAUAAUAGAAUAAAACAAAAUGAAAAAGAUGAACAUGAUGAUUUAUUGUCGGAUUGUGAUAGUGAAACAAGCGAAGUAUUGAGCGUCGGUAGUGAACCAACACCAGAUUGUUUGGGUAUUGAUAUAAAUGAUUGUGAAACAUCAAGAUACACAAAUGAAACACCAUCAUCACGUAUGGAUUAUCAAAUUGAUACACAACAAAUUGAUGAAUCACCAUUAUCAAGAUCACCAUCACCAUCAUCAAAUGAUUCUGGUAGUUGUAAUCCACCUCAAAGUCCACAAAGUUAUUGUAGUCCACAACAACAACAACAACAACAACAACAAAAACAAAGACGACAAUCAUCAUCAUCAUCACCAGCACCAUCAUCAAUUAGAUCACCAGCAUCAUCAACAGCAACAACAACAUCAUCACCAGGUAGACCAGAUACUCUACAAGAAGCAAUAAUACCACGUUAUCAAACAUCAAUAUUACAUCAAUCACAUCAACAACAUUUAUUAUUAUCAAGAUAUUCACGUGAUUCAUCUGAUUUAAAUGAUUAUCCAAUAGCCAAUAGAUUAACAACACUAGGAUUUAAUAAUAAUAGCAACAAUAAUGAUACAUCGUCAUUUACAAAUAUUGAAAGACUUCAUCGUGUACCAAUAAGUGUACCAAUUGUAACAAGAUUAUCAUUAUCACCACCAACAGCAACAACUGUUACUGGUAUACAACCAACAACACCUGCUGCAAUAUUUAAUUCAACAAAUCGUGAUACAUUAUUACUUUCACAUACAUCAACAACACAUCCUUUACUUCAUCAAACCACCCAAGUGCAACAUGUGCCAUCAACAACGCUACUCCAUCAUCAUAAUAAUGACAAUAAUAAUCAUCAACUAUCAUCAUCACAUCAUAAUCAUUCACAAUCACUACAAUCACAAUCACAUAAAACAAAUCAACAACACAUUCAACAGCAUCGUUUGUCAAUCAACAAAUUGCUACAAGAUUCACCAGUUAGAGAGCAACAACAACAACAACAACCAAGUAGUCCUGUAUCACCUGGUAUCCGUGACGAUUCUGAAUCAAGAAGAAAUAAUGUCACAUCACCUGGAAAUAAUUUACAAAUAAAUAAUAAUAAUAAUAGUCAUCAUCGAAAUAAUAAUAAUGUUAAUAAUAAUAAUAUUAAUAUGAAUAAUAAUAACAAUAUUCAAGGUAAUUUAAAAUUCAGUAUAGACAAUAUAUUAAAAGCUGAUUUUGGUAGACGUAUAACAGAUCCAAUAUCAUUUAAAAAAUCAAGAAAUAAAAAAAUAAUACAACGACCAAUUGAUCUUACCAAAGAUUUUAUUGAAACAUCAUCAGAAAGUUCUGAUACACGUUCUGAAACAACAACAACAACAACAACAGCAUCACCAUCAUCAACACCGGCGGCAAAUAGUGGAACAACAACAACAACAACAACAACAAAUGGUGAACAAUCAAAACAAAAUAUGUUAUGGCCAGCUUGGGUUUAUUGCACAAGAUACUCAGACAGACCAUCAUCUGGUAAGUCCAAGAACGAGACGGGUGAAAAGGUCGAGUGACACGCGAGCUGCUGGCACAACGCCUGAAGAAAAAAGGCCAAGAACAGCAUUUAGUGGUGAACAAUUGGCAAGAUUAAAACGUGAAUUUGCUGAAAAUCGUUAUUUAACUGAACGUAGAAGACAACAACUAUCACGUGAUCUUGGAUUAAAUGAAGCACAAAUUAAAAUAUGGUUUCAAAAUAAAAGAGCUAAAAUUAAAAAAGCUAGUGGACAAAAAAAUCCAUUGGCAUUACAACUUAUGGCUCAGGGUCUUUACAAUCAUUCAACAGUGCCACUUACUAAAGAAGAAGAAGAACAAGCUGCUGAACUUCAAGCUAAAUAAAUAUUAAUUAAUUAUUAUUUAGCUUAAAAAAAUAUAUAAAUUUCAAUUUUAAAAAUUGUUUUUUAACGACUAUUUAAAUUGUACAUAAUUUUUGUUUUCUUUUUAAAUUUAAUUUAAAAAAAAACAUUCGUGUUUUGUAAAAUCAAUUAAGUGUACAAAUUUAAAUUUAACAAAAAAUUAUUUAAAUGUAUUGUUGAUAAAUAUAUUUCCAAAGGAUUAUCCUCAUAUUUUUUUUUUUUAUUUUAUUAUUUUUUUCGUAUUUUAAAUUUGAAUUUAAUAUAUUUAUUGUAUGUAGUUAAAUGAUUCGUACAUAUUAUCAUAUACACAUGCGAGUUUAAUAAAAAAAAAAAAGUAAAAAAAAAAUUGUAUACAUACGUGCGCUUCCCUGUUGCGAAAUAAAUAAUUAUUGUUAAAUUAAAAUAUGAAAAAGAAAAAAAAAAUUGCAACGUUCAGUGCCAUUUUACGUUCAUCCUUUCUCCCUUAAUGUUUUUUAAUAAUUUUUGUUUUUAUAUAUUAUCCUUGACUCAUAAUGAUACUCGCUGUGUUUUGAUAUUGCCUGUUAAUUUAUUGUAAAAAAAUGAAAAUAAAUAAUUGCAAAUUGUGCAAUAUAUAGAAACGACAAAAAAAAAAAAACUCAUAGUAUCAGAUAGAUAAAAUUUUAAAUAAAUUUAAAAAAUUUAAUUUAUAAAAUUUAAUAAAAAAGAAAUUAUCUGAACGAAUGAGAUGUAUAAAAAUAAAUAAAUGAAAAAAAAAUAUAUAUAUAUAGCGUGUAUGUGAUUGAUAAAAAUAAAAAUUGAUAAAAAAAAAAAAUCUGUGACAUGUAAAUAUUCAAGUCACCCUUAGUGGUAACGUUGCCUAUAGACUGUUUAAAUAAAUAAUAAAAAAAAAUAUAAAAAAGUAUCUUAGUUAUUUAUUUACAUGUACGUCUAGGUACCCAAGAAAUAAAUUCAAAUGAAUUAAUAAAUAUUAAAUUAUCUGUAUAAAGUUAUUUAAAAAUAUUCAAAUUAAAAAACGAAAAAAAAAAAA